UAUGAGAUCCAGACUAGACACUAGGAAAGAGGAACCGACGGAAAAUAGAGAUAAACAUUUUGAUGGGGUUGAUUAUUCCAAAUCUACAUCAGGUUCAUCUGCUUCACCAUCCUCCUCCAAAGCAGUAACUACUCAAAUCUCUCCAGCUCAUCGGCCUUCCCCAACCUCAUCUACAACUGUUACCAUCCCUCUUACCUCCACCUCCUCCUUGACAUCAUCAUCACCUACAGGAAUGGUCCCCAUAGCAACCAAAAGAUGCCAUCCCAUUCCAUCCAAACCCACUCCAAGCAUGCCGAAGCUCCCUGAGGAGAUGAAGAGACCGUGCCUGAGGGACAUCUCUGGCCUGGGGUCCAAUACCGGUGGAGGAAACCUGACGGAUGGACCAAACAAGGGCCAAAAGCCUGCCCCCAACAACUUCAGAGAAGAAAGUAUUGGUGAUCUACUUGAUGGACUUGAAGAUGAACUUUUUGAUGACUUCUGAGAGCGAAAGGAUGACGUUCAAGCUAGCCUACGGAAGAGGGCCAAACUCAAGACUAAUAUCAUCCAUGGUCAAUGAUUUAUGCAGCUGUAUCAGUAUCACCCUAUGUAGAUCUAUAUCAAGAUAUGAACAAGUCAUGGAAGGAGAAUCAUGUGUAAUUUGUGCACCAGUCACAUUAAUGAGGCAGAAACCAUGUAGAUAGUAGAUCAGACAAAUUCCAUUAUCAUGAAUGGCAAAGAUUUUGUUUGAUUGCCUGUCAGAAAUUGGGAUACUCUCUGCUGUCUGUACAACCGGUGAUACAAAUAAGUGCUUAUCAAAAUUACAUCAUUUUGAUAGAUUUCCAGUUUGUUGUCAAAAUGGUACAUGUGUUCUUCACAGAAAGGAGGCAUUGCCAGAUAUAUUUUGUAAAUCCUUGUCUGAGAUUUUUUUGACCUGUGCCUGCUUCUCUGUAACUCUGUAUUUGAGUUUCUAGGCCGUAUUUACCUGCCAUUUGUUGAUUACUUGUUUUGACAAGUUCUCUAAGCCACAGUUUAUCAAAUCUUCUUAUGAUGCUGUGCCAAGUCUUUUAUCUGAUAUUAUGAUCACAUGAAUUGGUUCACUUUACUGUUUACCCAGCGUCAUGGUAUUACUUGGAUAUCACAUUUGAUUUGAAAGACAAAUCUCAACAUACCAAAAUUAAGGUUGGUAAUUUGUUGUUGGU